AUGGCUGUCGAUACUUCUAAUUAUAUCCAAGGCCUCGCAAGCCCCCUACACGUCAGCGCGGCUAUCACUGUGGCGCUUCUGACUGCCUUUCUCUGGCGACUGUACAAUGAUCCCCUCAGUCACAUCCCAGGCCCUCUCGUCGCCCGCUUCACCCCAAUCUGGCUCUGGUGGCUCACCUGGACAGGAGUUGAAUGCCGCGUCAUCGACAGGCUUCACAAGAAAUAUGGCCCGGUUGUGAGAAUCGCCCCCAAUGAAGUCGACGUAUCCGAUGGCGCGGCUCUCAACCUCAUCUACAUCAAGAACGGCGGCUACAUGAAAAGUCCUAUCUACCGUAAUUACGACGUCAAUGGCUUUGAGACCAUCUUCUCGGCUUUAAACCCGGCUCAUCGGGCACCGAGGGCGAAAGCCGUUGCACCCAUGUUCGCCCAUCAACGAAUCGCAAAAGGCAAACCGGACGUCGACAAAGUUCUCGAUUCUUUUGUGGCUGAGAUGCAACGCAGGAAGAUUGAAGCAAACGGUGCCCCAGUAGAUGUCCUCAACCUGUCACGCGCUCUCGCUUUGGAUACAGUGACCGUGUAUCUAUUUGGUGAAUGCUUUAACGGUAUCAGUAAUGGUCGCCUCCGUGUCACCGAGUUCAUUAAUAACUUCGUCGCUGGUGGUCGCUUCUUUUACCUACCAGGGUGGUUCUAUGACUUUGUGGACGAGUGGUCUGCGAAGCUUGACAAGAAGAAGCUGCUCGUCGCCCAGAGUACUGAUAUGAUACAAGAGUAUGCUACUCGGGUGGUUGAUAGAAGCGCCGUGGAAGAAAAGGACAUGGAACCAGAAACAUUCCAAGGUCGAUUGCUGGCUGCUGGUAUCUCGCGCGAGGAGGCUAUAGCUCAAGUUGUUGAUGUCAUGUUUGCUGGUACCGACGCUGCUGGGACGACAAUGGCGAUUCUGUGCUGGAACUUGGCUCAGCAUCCCGAGAAAUACGAUCGCGUUUACAAGGAAGUCAUCGAAAAUACUGAACUUGACGCCCAAUCCCUGCCUUACCUCACAGGUGUCGUCAAAGAAAGUCUACGCCUGUCCAUGGCUAACCCAACCCGUUUCCCUCGUAUUGUCCCUCCUGGUGGAAUGCAGGUUCCCGGCCUACCUAAAAUUCCAGCUGGUACCAGCGUCGGCGCCGGCGCUUUCAUGCUGCACCAUAACCCUGAAGUCUUUCCAAGCCCGCGUCAGUUCAUGCCAGAGCGAUGGUUAAAUCCGUCUCAGGAGAUGCUGCGCGACAGCUUCUACUUCGGAGCUGGCUCGCGGCAAUGUAUUGCGCGGAAUCUUGCGUCUGCUGGACUUUGGUGGGCGGCCGAGGCUUUCAUUCGAAGUGAUGUCCUUCGGGGCGCAACGAUUGUUCGGGACAAGAUUGAGAUUGUUGAGUGGUUUAAUGCAAAGAUCGUCGGCGAGAAGAUCGAGGUGCAUUGGUGA